AAAUUUGCGCCAUUUUUAGUACGUGAUGAUGCGGCUAGAUGGCUUCAGCUAGGAAUUUAUUGCCAACCAUUAUGUUCCGUUAGUGUUAUUCUAGGACCUAACCCCACUUAAAAAAUGCCAAUCACACAGCUCCUGGGAACCAAAGACACAGACGAAUCCUGCCGAACGUUCAUUCUACAAGGCGAGGGUCACACUUUAGGCAACGCUCUCAGAUGUGUCAUUUCUGGCUAUCCUGACGUCGAAUUUUGCGCUUACACAGUCCCCCAUCCCAUGGAAUGUUCAAUGCACCUCCGCAUUCAGAUGCGCUCAGGCCGCGCUGUGGACGCCCUCAAACGAGGCUUGGAGGACCUGGCAGCCCUCUCCGACCACAUUCUGGACGAGUUCACACGCGAGAAACAAAACUUCGACAGUAGAGACGAAUUGUCAACUUAACAUUUUUGAAUAAACGUCAUUUUUUAUUAAUCAAAA